CACACAGCAGCAUGGCGAGCAGGGAAAGAGCACAGAGUUUUCUUCACUCAUCAACAAAAACUAAAUUGUCAUGCGUAGGAUUGCUGCGGGUUUUAUUUAUUACUUUUAUACACACGGAGCAGGCGAACAAACAAGCGUUCAUACAGUCACACACAAUCCUCCAGGUGCUACACUUUGGAGAAGGAGGUCUCUUACAGACAGAGUUUGACUGUGAACUAAGUUUAUAUAAUCAAAAAAGGCCUUUGGGGAUGCCAACAAUGGAAAAGAUUUACUUGAAUAAUCUCAGCUCAGAAGAAAUGAGUUUGAUAUCAAUAUCAGCAACAACAGUACAUUUUCAUCCAUCCUAUUUCCAGAAUGGGAUAAUCGCAGCAGGGGGAAACACGUCGUUAUAUCUCGUAGGGAACAUAGAAAAUACUUUAUUUAUUAAUACGGUGAAUCAUGGAGUGUUUACAUACCAGGUGUUCGGGGUGGGUAUCCCUAACCCCUACAGACUACGGCCCUUCAUCGGGGCCAGAGUCCCUGUUAACGGCAGCUUCUCUCCACUCAUAAACAUCCACAGCCCUCACAGUGAACCACUGCAGGUUGUGGAGAUGUUCUCCAGUGGAGAUCACCCCCAUCUGGACUCGCCUACGGGCCAACAAGGAGGCACCAGAACAUUCUGGGAGAUCCCUCCGUUUGAGACGAAGGGUGUGAUGAGGGCGAGCUUCUCGCCGAGAGAUGCAGACAACCACACAGCCCUCUUCAGGAUCAAAACCCACGAAGACCAGGUUAUCAUACUGCCUGUGGAGGUCACCUCAGCUCCUGGUAUAUACUCCUCCACAGAGAUGCUAGACUUCGGUACGUUACGGUCACAAGAUCGGCCGAAACAAUUGAACUUACAUCUACUGAAUUCGGGAAGGAAAGGUGUUUGGAUCGCGAGUAUACGGACGACCCCAUCCAACGAAGCCAUCCAUUUCAAAUCAAUCGCCCUAAAAGCAGGCGAGAGUAGAUAUACCAAAGUUGCAAGUAUUAGUUUUGAUGCAUCAAAAGCAGAACGACCGGUUCAGUUUUCUGGUAAAAUAACAGUGAAGGUCAAGGAGAUAAACUCGUCUCAACUUGAAGUCCCGUACCAAGCAGAGGUGCUACAAGGCUACCGGGGCUUUGAACACACGGCCACGUUGUUCCACAUCAGAGACAGUCCACUAGACCCCGUGAACACAUCCAUCUUCCUUACCAACGCCUUCAACUUUGCUGUCGGCAUACACAACGUCGCCCUGCCAGAUGAGGUCAAGACCAUGUUCAGCGUGCAGUACCUCAGCGCCCCCGUUCUGAUCCCUCCUCGUGAGUCUCGCUACAUCUUCUCUCUCCUGUUCCGCCCUGUCCGCCCUUCCAUCCACAGCAACAUCCUCCUCAACACCAACAUCUCCAAGUUCCACCUUCCUGUCAGGGCCUACACAGGUUACCUUGAGCCCAUGGUCCUGUCCCCCAGGCUAAAGGAGGAGCUCCUCUUGGACUUUGGGCUCUGCAGUUCAACAGUUUUCAGCAGCAUCGUGUUCCUAGUGUUCAACAACAACCCCAUAGAGAUAUUAACAAUCCCAGUGAAGGCUGCGAUAGCAGUGGGGAAGCUAAACAGCUAUCCUGAACACAUCAUCCUACCUCCAUCCUUUCCUGGGAAGAUAGUUCACCAGAGUUUCACCAUCCAGAGUUCCUUCGCCCAGAGAGCGAGACUCCGACACAUCCGUCCCCUGACAGAAGACAUUGGGUUCUAUUACAAAAGACUACGUAGUGACAGGAAUGGAGUGGAACCCAGACGCAAGUCCAAGGUUGCUCGUAUUUAUUUUGAUGCCAGUUUGCAGUGUGUCGACCACUGUUAUGUGGGGUUGCCGUUUGUUCUGAAAUCUGAGGCUCGUCCCCACGGCCUGGUCUUACAGGAGGACAUCUGGGAUGCUGACAUUGACCUCCACCAGAAACUGAUCCGACGCUGGAGAGAGCUGAAAGAUCGCUCGGGACAUCAAGUUGAGACGGUGUUUGAAGUCAGCACAGAUCUUCAGGAGACGGUCCAGGCAACAAUAACAGCUCAACAGACCUGGCCGUCGUUGGUUAACGCCUCACAGCCAAUCACGUUUCCCCUCACCAAUACCAAUAGCUCCUCUGAGACGGAGGUUGUUCUAGAGAACCCAGCAGAUGUCCCAGUGUAUGUCCAGAUCCUUCCUCUGGCUCUCUACCCGAACCCCUCCGUGUUUGCUGGGAAACUCAGCGACAGCUUCCCACUGGGAAAGUUGUCCAACAUCGACACAAAAUCACUGGAAUUUCAGGUCAACAGAAACCUAUCGUCUGUAAUGAAGGGAAGCUCAGGGUUUGUGGAGGGCUCGACCAGACCGUUUGUCUACAACGUGCUCCUGCAGCCUGGAGAGGUCAAGUCCUUCAGCCUGAGGUUCAGUCCUUCUAGCAGCCACUCUGUCUCCUCCCUGCUCAUAGUCAGGAACAACCUGACUGUGAUAGAUGUGAUCGUGGCAGGCCAGGGAACCACGGGAAGCCUGCAGGUAGCUGGGAAACUCCCUGGACCAGACAGCUCCCUUCGCUUCCAAAUGACGGAGGCGUUGCUGAAGGACUGCACAGAGAAGAUCAACGAGCCCAAGUCCACUCUGAGAAGAACCUUCAGGGUGGAGAACGCUGGUCUACUCCCCUUGUAUAUCCGCUCUGCAGAGAUCAACGGCCAGCCCUGCCAAGGAUACGGAUUCAAAGUUCUCAACUGUCAGCAAUUUACACUUAAACCAAACGCUUCUGAAGACCUUGUGAUACUGUUUACACCGGACUUCACGUCAUCCAGAGUGAUCCGGGAGCUGAAGCUCGUGACGGAGGGAGGGUCAGAGUUUGUGUUUGUCCUGAACGCCUCUCUACCUUUUCACAUGCUGGCCUCCUGCACAGAGACUCCCAGACCCUCCUGGGAGCUGGAGCUAUACGUCAUCGUCUCCCUCGUCAUGAGCUCCAUGUUCCUGCUGGUGAUUGCUAUAGCCUACCUGGAAGCCCAGGAGAUCUGGGAGCCCUUUAAGAGACUUCUGUCUCUGGACUCUCCCAUGGAGACGGGCAGACCCUUCGAUCUCAGGGAAAUAGUACGCAUUUCAAGUGACGCUAACUUGAAUGAUUUCAGCGACGCCCACCAGAACCCGACCAGGGGGAUGUAUGGUUCUGCUAGCGAGGUGUCCCGGAUCGGGAGCCGAAACAGCAGAGCCUCCGUGGACCUUGAUGGACAGAGAGCCAGCAUGGACUUUGAUCGAUCAACUAUGCAAGCCUCCUCCACCUUCUCUUCCUCCCAGCUAGCCAAUGGCGCCCCGGUUUCCUGUCAGCUGACCAAUCGGAAGGUGCGGAGCUCCAAGAGGCAGCAGGGUGGAGGACUCCUGGACCUCCAGAACGGGGGCCCUGGGUCAGGGUCGUCUCUGCCCCACAGAAGGCGCUGUUCUGGGGGAGAGGACCCAGACUACGCCAGCCUCCUGGGGGCCAUGGAUAACGACCUGGACAGACCUGAAUCACCACCUCUACAGGAACACAACGUUUCUCUGUCUACACAGAACAACGUGCUAGACUCUAAAGGAAAGCAGCUGAGAGGUAAAACUAAUGCUCAGAGAAAGAGAGCGGAGAAGGAGAGAAGAGCAAAGGGAAAACCACCUCAGGGAGACCAGCGGAAGGAUGUUUUGGCAGACAAUGACGACAGCUCCUCUACCACCACAGAGACCUCCAACCCUGAUGUAGAGGCCAGCAACAAAGAGGAACCAGUGAAGAAGAAGGGCAGAACAGCAGUGACUCUGGAGAAAGAGGAAACCAAACCACAAAACAACAAGCGACAAACCAACACAAAUGAUCAAUCUAGUUCCCUGGAGCUCCCUUACAUCACAGCCCUGGAGAUCAAACAACGCAAGGUCUUCACAUCCAAAGCCCUCAUCCACUCUGCUCUCACCACCGCCCCUACAGCUAGGACUCUGAAACCCCUACAGCUAGGACCCAGACCCGGGUCUCUCUCCCAUCUCAACUCGGCUGAUUGUUCUGUACUUGUGCCUUGUGGGAAGCUGGAGGAUUCUUGUCCGUUUCCCGUGGUGAAGCGGUUGUCCAACGGCUCGGUCUCGGUUUCAGAGCUGGGUCACAGCAGCAGCAGCUCCGAGGGAGAGAAGGAGUUCGCUGCUACUGAAUGGGACAACCCACUGCUCACCAGAACCACCAACCAAGCCGACAGUCUCCAGCAGACCUCCGUCCAGACCAUGAAUGCAGACACCUUCCUGAAGAGACCCAUCUCAGCUAGGACCUACUCCCAUCCCCGCUCCUCCCCCAGCCUAGUGACCAGGGGAACAUACAGCCAAGUACUCAAUGCCAAUAGUGAGACCAACUUGAAGAAGGCACCAGGGAACAAGUUAGCUAAUGCCACCUCUCUCCCGGGCAAGAAUGGCAAUCCUACUUUUGCAGCUGUGGCUGCGGGAUACGACAGAAGCCCGGGUGGCAGUGGCCCAGGUCAAAGAGCCCAAUGGAAGACUCUAGCUCACGUGACCUCAGUGGAGAGCGACAGCUCAGACAGCUCAGGAUUAUGGUCUCCCAUAGGAUUCAACCCAGCCAACUCCUUCUCUGCAUUCGGACCCAACAACUCCUUCAAUCUGACAGGAGUCUUCCGUGGGAUGUCCUCCCCGAAGACAUCUGAGCCUCAGCAGACUGAGUUGAGCUCUGCGUCCUCGUCUCUCUGGGACGCCCCCAGCAACCCCCUGCUCUCCUGGCUCAGCAGCUCCCCCACUGUCCCCAUCGCAUCCGUCCUGGGUAGCAGCAGGAACCCCUGGUCCACCACCACCCCCUUUGGCAGCUCCAUCUGGUCCACUAGUGGAGACACUGCACUACACUCCUCCACCCUCCCAGACUUACCCAGCAGCAUCCCCACCCUGGGCCUGGCCCCUCCAACUGCCCCCACUGAGAUGAGCCGUUCCUACGACCCCUGGAGGCCCACCCUCGGCAGACACGGCUCAGAGCCCUGGUCCAGCCACUGAGGAGCCUGGUCCCAAAAUCUGUUUCAGCUCGUGCCAACUCCAAUGCUGUCUUUUAUCAAGCCAAACAUGGCGACGUGGCAUGAAAAUGAUUGCCAAAGAGUUGGCGUAGCACAAACAGGCUGGAACUCAGGCUAACAGGCUGGAACUCAGGCUAACUCACAGAUGUGAUAAUUCUGAACUGAAUUAUCACGUAAGUCAUGCAUUCAUGUAAAUGGCAUAUUUACGUCAUGUGAGCAGACCUCGUGUACGGACUCUGGUCUAAAUCAGAAACACACCAUGGUAUCAAUUGUUAAACAGUACUUAAAUAUACAUCAAAACAAAUAAUUUUAUCGACGAGUCCCGUCUAGAAAAAGUUUCAAUGUAAUUUGGUAGCCCCAGCACUUUCUAACACAAACCAAAACCCCCUGACCAUUUAGUUCACAGCAGUUACACGCUUUUUAU